AUGCCUAUCUCCAAUACUUCAACUGCGACGGCUGGGGCUAGAAAGCAAAACGAGACUUCUAUUACACCCAAGCCAUCCGCAUUGGUGAUCGCAUCGAAUACGCAGGCCGAAAUCGACCAGGCUUUCGCCAACGUGGAUCUGAGUCUGAAGAACCGUGGAGGAAAAAGCUGGGAGCAGGUAUUUCGGCUGCACUCGUACCACGUCCCGAUCAACGAUGAGGCUCUCGAGGCCGAUGGUCCCAUUUGGGCAUGUAUUGGGGUAACGAGGCUCGGCGAGGAUGAUAUGCGGGUUGAGAUUGAAGUUGUAGGUCGUGACCCACGAGAGAUCGAGAUCGGAGGGGACAUGGCGCGAGAUGCAAUUAUGGAUCAUGAACCCAUCUAG